ACGAUCAGAGACUUCAGUGUAAACCGAACGUGGGGUUGUGAUUGUAUACCAUCGUAUCUGUUUGAAAUUAAAGGAACAGAAGUUUAUUUAAUUUAAAAUUUUAUCUAGUAACAGCGGUUCGGCCAGCAUGAGUGUCUCUAGAAUUAGCCAUGCUUCGCAAUAUUUCUUGGCGAAAGCAUGGAGUUUUGUGUCCCUGUGCAGAUAUGCCCAUGUACCAGUGUGGGUCUCAUCUCGACGGAAACACACCAACUCUCAGCAGUAUACGGCUGUGAUUUUUGAUAUGGGUGGAGUUCUGAUUCCUUCUCCAGCCACAUUGGCAGCUGAGUGGGAACUUAAAAAUAAUCUUCAGCCUGGAUGGAUAUGGAAAACCAUUUUAAGUGGAGAAAAUUAUGUUGCCUGGGACCGCUGCAUGCUUGGAGAACUGACAUUCGAGGAGUUUGUAGCAGUGGUUAGUAAAGAGAAGCAGAUCAAACCCUAUUUAGAAGCAAUAACUAGUCAGAAAGAAUAUCAGAUUCCCGCGAUGAGAGAAGCAAUCCAAUGUAUCAGAGCGGAGGGAUUGAAAACUGCUGUACUGACCAAUAACUUCUGGUUCAAACACCAAAGUUUCUUGCCUGUGGAGAAAGUUGAUUUUGAUGUGGUUAUUGAGUCAUGCCGUGAGGGAAUUAGCAAGCCAAAUCCUGAGAUCUACAAACGCUGUUUAGAACGUCUGAAAGUCCAGCCUACAGAAUCAAUUUAUCUUGAUGACGUUGGACGAAAUCUGAAACCAGCAGCUCAGCUCGGAAUGGUUACAAUUAAGGUUGGAGACGUAACUACAGCCAUUCAGAAAUUGGAGUCAUUGCUGAGGUUCCCGUUGCAUGGUUAUGUGCCUGGUACACAAACUGUUCAUAAGCACAUGGACAUUCCUACAGACUGUCUGAAGGAGUACCUCCAGACCACUUUAGGGCUAAGUUCAGCAGAGCCGUUGACUCUCCGGCAAUUUAGUCAUGGCCAAUCCAACCCAACCUAUCACAUUCGGAGUGGCAAUCGACAGCUGGUGCUAAGAAAGAAACCACCUGGAAAACUUCUGCAAUCAGCGCAUGCAGUGGAAAGAGAAUACAGAGUGAUGAAAGCUCUUGGAUCCAUGGGAGUUCCUGUUCCCAAGGUACUUGCCAUCUGUGAGGACCCCAGUGUUCUUGGGACUUCCUUCUACCUGAUGGAAUACUGCCAGGGGAGAAUAUUUAAGGACCCAACAUUACCAGGACUAUCGGCUCAUCAGCGAACAGAAAUUUACAGUGCCAUGAACCAUGUUCUUUGCCAGAUUCAUCAGGUUGAUGUCCAUGCUGCUGGAUUAGAGGAUUAUGGAAAACAUGGCAACUACAUUGAGCGCCAGGUUCACACGUGGAUUAAACAGUAUCGAGCAAGUGAGACUCGUAAUAUUCCAGCAAUGGAACAGAUCAUAAAAUGGCUUCCAGAAAACCUCCCAACGCAUGAAAAGACCACUAUUGUACAUGGGGACUUCAGAUUGGACAAUCUGAUUUUUCAUCCUGACAAGCCUGAGGUGUUGGCGAUUUUGGACUGGGAACUGUCCACCUUGGGUGAUCCCAUAUCUGAUGUAGCACUUAGCUGUUUGGCACACUACCUUCCACCAGAUUUUCCCAUCCUGAAAGGGUUGAAUAAUUGUGAUUUGACAGAGCUUGGAAUCCCAUCUGAUCUGGAAUAUCUUACUAUGUAUUGCGAUAACAUGGGUAUAAAUCCUGUCAAAAACUGGAAUUUUUAUAUGGCAUUUUCCUUUUUCCGAGUCACAGCCAUACUCCAAGGAGUCUAUAAGCGGUCACUUCAAGGUCAGGCAAGUUCAACUAAAGCUGAAACAGCUGGAAAACUUGUAGAGAGCACAGCUGAGUUGUCCUGGAUGUUUGCUAUAAGAGAAGGAUUCAGAAAAUUCAAAUCAAUCCCUACUAGAAAUCCAAAUCCUCCAGUGAGAAAGUAUUCUACAUGGAACAGACAGAGAUCAUCAGCAACAAACUUUUUAUCUACUCUUUCACUUAAUAACCAUUCCAAACAUUUGCUAUCAGUCCAUAAAGGACAUUUAAUUAUCUCGCCUGAAGGGCUAUCUCCUCGGGUCCAAGAGUUGUACCACCAGCUGACUAUGUUCAUGGAUAAACACAUCUAUCCUCUGGAACGGGAACUAACGGACCACCAGAGGGAUGAAAAUCGAUGGACUCCAAAUCCUAAAAUGGAGAAACUAAAAACUGAAGCUAAAGCUAAAGGUCUUUGGAACCUGUUUUUACCAUUGAAAACUGAUCCUGAGAUCAAAUAUGGUGCUGGACUGACAAAUCUGGAGUAUGCCCACCUUUGUGAGGUCAUGGGGAGGUCUCUACAUGCUCCUGAGGCUUUCAACUGUUCUGCACCAGAUACAGGGAACAUGGAGAUCCUGUUGAAAUAUGGGACUGAAGCACAGAAGGAACAGUGGCUUCUACCGUUAUUAGAAGGAAAAAUUAGAUCAUGUUUUGCCAUGACUGAGCCCCAUGUUGCAUCUUCAGAUGCCACAAACAUUGAAGCCUCAAUUGUUGAAGAGGGAGACAGUUAUAUCCUGAAUGGUCACAAAUGGUGGAUAUCAGGUGCAAUGGAUCCUCGCUGCAAACUGUGUGUGUUUAUGGGAAAAACCAAUCCACAGGCUCAUCGUCACAGACAGCAGUCAAUGAUUCUAGUUUCUAUGGAUACACCAGGGAUGACAGUUAUCCGACCCCUAUCAGUUUAUGGGAUGGAAGACCCUCCGGGAGGUCAUGGCGAACUUCUAUUUGAAAAUGUUCGAGUGUCAAAAGAGAAUAUUCUAUUGGGGCCUGGCCAAGGGUUUGAAAUUGCUCAAGGAAGGCUUGGACCAGGAAGGAUACACCACUGUAUGCGACUCAUUGGCUAUGCAGAUCGAGCAUUACAACUCAUGAAGGAGCGGGUAAAAACACGAGUGGCUUUUGGAAGACCAUUAGCUGAACAGGGCACUAUCAUGGCAGACAUUGCUAACUCCCGGAUAGAGAUUGAACAGGCACGGCUGCUUGUGCUGAAAGCUGCCCACCUUAUGGAUACAGUGAGUGGCAAGGAAGCAGCCUCUGAGAUCUCGAUGAUUAAAUUAGUGGCACCAAACAUGGCUUUGCAUGUCAUUGAUCGUGCAAUCCAGGCAUUUGGAGCAGCCGGGCUCAGCAGUGACUACCCAUUGGCUCAGUUUUUUGGCUGGGCACGUGCACUGCGACUGGCUGAUGGUCCAGAUGAGGUUCAUAGAGCUGUGGUUGCCAAACUCGAAUUGAAACGCUGAGUCAUUACAAGAUACUGAACCUGGUGCCCUGAUCAGUGCAACCAUUUCUUUUGUUUUUAAGGUUAUUUUAUGUACAUUGCAUUCAUGUUUUUGAAACAACACUAUUGUCUUUGUAAUGAUUUUCUACACAGCCUCAUCAAUAACACAAACUGCCUUUGUAUUUCUCCUUAUUUCACAAAUCAUGCUUCAGUCCCUCAGCAUAUUAUAAUUGAAAGCAAGUAACCUGCAAAGAAUAAACAUGUACCAUUCUUUCAUCCAGCUGCUAGGAGUCCUUGGGGCACUGUGGAGUGUCUGGUAUUAAGUGUUAGUAUAGUUACUGAGCCUGAAAGUAUAGAUUAAAGAACUUGUUCAUUUGAUCUGACUGGAAUUCUAGAACGCUAAGUGGACAAGUGCAGAAGUUGGUGUCCAUAACAAAAUAGUCCAAAACUCAGUGAACAUUUUAGAAAGAGUGAAACCUAAUUAUUUAAAUAUUGGAUUUUUGAAAUUAUAGGUUUCAUCUUCUGUCUUGCAGUUUCCUCCCAUCUUUUUUUUUGAAGGCACUGAUCCCUUGAUGAUUUCAGGGGAACAACUCUGUUAUCUGGCGACACGGUGGCUCAGCAGUUAGCACUGCUGCCUCACAGCGCCAGGGACCUGGGUUCAAUUCCUGCCUCGGGCAACUGUCUGUGUGGAGUUUGCACAUUCUGCCCAUGCCUGUGUGGGUUUCCUCCAGGUGCUCCGGUUUCCUUCCACAGUCCAAAGAUGUGCAGCUUAGGUGAAUUGGCCAUGCUAAAUUGCCCAUAGUGUUAGGUGUAGGGGAAUGGGUCUGGGUUGCUCUUCAGAGGGUCAGUGUGGACUUGUUGGGCCAAAGGGCCUGUUUCCACACUGUAGGGAAUCCACUCUAAUUCAAUCCAAUCCAAUCUAACCUCUAAUAAAAAUGUGAGGAAGAAAUCAAGAUUACUCUGAUAGGGUUAGUUGAGAAGAAGUUGAGUACCAAUGCUGUACUGUAAAAUUUAUGUAACUCGAUGUAAGCUUCCCCAUCUAGCCAUUCUUCAUAUGUAUGUGUAGGCCAUUCAGCACAGCUCAGAUUGAUCACACUUCAUGCAUUUUCCAACAGACAACUCUCUGGCUGAUUUUUUUCAUCCCUAAUCUAGAUUUCAAUAUCAAAUUAGUGAUUAAUCAACUGACCUGUUGAAGAAAUCUAGUACUGUACUUGGUUGUAAUCCAAAUACAGCUUUGAUGAUAUAAAGUUAUAGGUUUUAAAAUAUUUUCAAAUGCAAAAGAUUUUGGAGCUAAUUACACAUUUCUGUAUGGUGCAUACGGAUUACAAUCAAACUAAGCUUAAUUUUUGGUUGAAAAUAGGUUUAUGAAUGAUAACAUGCACAUAAUUCCUAUUGUAGGCAGAUAUCAAGUUUGUGGUUCAUACUGUUUUUACUCUCUGUUCCUGUUUUCCUGUGCCUCCCUUUUUACUUUAGAAGACAGUGCACACACUUGGGAUGGUACGGUAUCUUAGUGGUUAGCACUGUUGCCUCACAGCACCAGGGACUCGGGUUUGAUUCCUGUCUCAGGCGACUGUCUGUGUGGAGUUUGCACAUUCUCCCUGUGUCUGCGUGGGUUUCCUCCCACAAUCCAAAUAUGUGCAGGCCAGGUGAAUUGGUCAUGCUUAAAUUCCCCAUAGUGUGAGGUGCAUUAGUCAAAGGGAAAUGGGUCUGGCUGGGUUACUCUUUGGAGGGUCGGUAUGGACUUGUUGGGCCAAAGGGCCUGUUUCCACACUGUAGGGAAUCUAAUCUAAUCUUGGCUCAGAAAACACAUUUGCCAAACCCCUGGCCUUCAACAGUCAAUCACACUAUGGAAAGAGGGACACUAUUUUAGUCAAAUAUUUUGACAUACCUUCUAUCAUGAGUAAUUAGGUAGUAAUCAGAAAUGGAAAUCCUUUUCUUCUCCAUCUGUAACUCAUCGCUAGGAAGGCAGAUUGUAGUGCCCUGACCUAUUGCGAGAAAGAGAGGACUGCAGAUGCUGGAGAUCAGAGUCAAAAAGUGUGGUGCUGGAGAAGCACAGCUGGUCAGGCUGAGGAAUAGUAGAAAAUUCCUAAUAAAGAGCUUAUGCUCGAAACGUCGACUCUCCUGCUCCUCGAAUGCUGCCUGACCGGCUGUGCUUUUCCAGCACCACACUUUUUGACCCUUACCUAUUGCCCCUGCUGACCCAAUUGGCUUAGAAUACUAUCAUAGCAUUUAUGCAUAGGAUGCGGCUCAGACAAAUAUAUAUGAUCCUUGGCUGAUAUUUGUGUGUACCUCAAAUAGGGAUAUGUGGAUAACAAUUAGAAGCAGAUACAGAGCAUUUAUCCAUAGGAUGCGGCACAGCCAAGUGUUUAUUGGUCCUUGACUGAAACUUGUGGAUAAGAGGAUAAGAAUUACAAACGGAUACCUCUUCUUCCAUCUCUGUCUAAGGUAACCAGCCCCACUUGGUCCCAGUUGAGAACAGCUGAGCACAGAGAGAAUGACAGCUGGGACUUUUCUUGGUUUGUGUGAAUCAACACCAUAUUAAUAUCCACUAAAUCAGUGAAUGAAUCACCUCAUCACUCUAUUUCCAGGUGUUUUUAUAAACUGUCUGGCUUGUUGAUUCUUAGAUGACAUGAUCCGUUUUCUGUCACAAACACCAAUAGCUGCUGAAGGUAAAGCCACCUCCUCAUGUUUUCUAAUUUUUAUUUUUGUAAUCAAUUGGAAAGAUAUACAUUCAUUUCUGCAAGAUACUUGGUUUGUAAAUUGAAAGUUUAUCUAUUGAAA